AUGGACUUCGUCGCGCGGGCGCGCGUGCGCGCGCGCGAGCCUUUUGAGAGCAUUGCCCAAGUACAGCUCGGUCCCAACCCUCAGCCCUCAGCGAGCAUGGCGAACCGUCAGCCCGAGAUCCAGGAGCUCCCCGAGGAGGAGCGGCUCGUGGAGAGGACGUCUGCUCGCGAGGCGCAGCUGGGGGCGCCCGAGUUCGCGCGGCGCUGGGCGCGGCGCGCGGCUGGCGUGGCGGCGCUGGGUCUCAUGGUCUUCGUCGUGGCGCCCAAACUGGGUCUGCCGGUGGGUGCCAAGUCCACGGAGUUCUUGGAAGGCGUUGGCGGACAAGCCUGGCACACGCUCGAGUCAGAGCUGGAUGCAUCCAAGGAGCUGCCGACGGUCGGCCUCGCCCACAUCAGCCCGGCAGCCGGCCAGGUGCUGUGCGUGAUCGACGUGGCCCAAGCCGUGGCACGCGUGAUGCUGACGGGCACGUUCAUCAAGUUCUCCACGGUGGCCUGCGACUUUGACAGGAUCGAGGCUGUCAAGAAGCGCCCGGUGAGGAACGACGAGCGGGAGACGUGCGCCUCCGGCAUCUUCGGCAUCCUGCUGUCGGUGGAGCUUGGCAUGGGUGUGAUCGCCUCCUCCAUCUCUACGUGCUCGGGCUCACUGAACGUCCCUGCGAAUUGCGCCGCGAACAUCGGCGCUUUCACAGGCGGCCUUUCUGUGCUGAUGCAGUCGACCCUCUCCGCCGACCUGAUCUGCAACAAAGGCGUCAAGGCCGGCAAGCUGACCCCAGAAGCCAAGAUCGACGCCGUGAUUUCUGCUGCUACGACUGGCAAGAUCACCAAGCAGAAGAAGCAGGUCUCGAAGAGUGUGUACAACUAUCUCAAGAAGGCCGGCGUCGACGUGAGUACGCUGCCAGCGCCGCCGGCGGUGCCGAACGAUGCCGUGUAUGGUGCAGUUGCCCGGUGCGUGGCCCAGCUGGACUUGGGUGCCACCUUCGUCAUGAGGUUUGCCAUCAUCCUGGCGGACAGCACCAUCCACUGCACCCCAGGAGUCGUCCAAACCGAGGGCCGCGUGUGCGCGGUCGACAUCACGGGCAUCCUCGCGGUCCUGAGCCUGUCGGUGCGCUUCUUCUCCUUGGCCAGCAACUCGUGCGUGAACAUCGUGGGCCGCGCGGACAAGGACGCCAACUGCGUGGCCGCCUGCUCGGGCAUCACCGGCUCCACCAUGGCCAUGACCUCCUCGGGCAUGAACUUGGACGCUGCAUGCCGCAAGGCCUUUGGCAAGUGGGACCCGGAUGCCUGGCCAAGCAACCUGGGGCCCGUCAGCGCCUCCGGCCAGACCCACGGCGAGGAGCUCCAUGUCCCUGCCAGGGACGGCAACACCAUCAUCGCAGAGCUCCCCGAGGAGGAGCGGCUCGUGGGGAGGACGUCUGCUCGCGAGGCGCAGCUGGGGGCGCCCGAGUUCGCGCGGCGCUGGGCGCGGCACGCGGCUGGCGUGGCGGCGCUGGGUCUCAUGGUCUUCGUCGUGGCGCCCAAACUGGGUCUGCCGGUGGGUGCCAAGUCCACGGAGUUCUUGGAAGGCGUUGGCGGACAAGCCUGGCACACGCUCGAGUCAGAGCUGGAUGCAUCCAAGGAGCUGCCGACGGUCGGCCUCGCCCACAUCAGCCCGGCAGCCGGCCAGGUGCUGUGCGUGAUCGACGUGGCCCAAGCCGUGGCACGCGUGAUGCUGACGGGCACGUUCAUCAAGUUCUCGACGGUGGCCUGCGACUUUGACAGGAUCCAGGCUGUCAAGAAGCGCCCGGUGAGGAACGACGAGCGGGAGACGUGCGCCUCCGGCAUCUUCGGCAUCCUACUGUCGGUGGAGCUUGGCAUGGGUGUGAUCGCCUCCUCCAUCUCCACGUGCUCGGGCUCACUGAACGUCCCUGCGAAUUGCGCCGCGAACAUCGGCGCUUUCACAGGCGGCCUUUCUGUGCUGAUGCAAUCGACUCUCUCCGCCGACCUGAUCUGCAACAAAGGCGUCAAGGCCGGCAAGCUGACCCCAGAAGCCAAGAUCGACGCCGUGGUUUCUGCUGCUACGACAGGCAAAAUCACCAAGCAGAAGAAGCAGGUCUCGAAGAGUGUGUACAACUAUCUCAAGAAGGCCGGCGUCGAUGUGAGUACGCUGCCAGCGCCACCGGCGGUGCCGAACGAUGCCGUGUACGGUGCAGUUGCCCGGUGCGUGGCCCAGCUAGACUUGGGCGCCACCUUCGUCAUGAGGUUUGCCAUCAUCUUGGCGGACACCACCAUCCACUGCACCCCAGGAGUCGUCGAAACCGAGGGCCGCGUUUGUGCGGUGGACAUCACGGGCAUCCUCGCCGUGCUGAGCCUGUCCGUCCGCUUCUUCUCCCUGGCCAGCAACUCGUGCGUGAACAUCGUGGGCCGUGCGGACAAGGACGCCAACUGCGUGGCCGCCUGCUCGGGCAUCACCGGCUCCACCAUGGCCAUGACCUCCUCGGGCAUGAACUUGGACGCUGCAUGCCGCAAGGCCUUUGGCAAGUGGGACCCGGACGCCUGGCCAAGCCAGCUGGGGCCUGUCAGCGCCUCCGGCCAGACCCACGGCGAGGAGCUCCAUGUCCCUGCCAGGGAUGGCAACACCAUCAUCGCAGAGCCGUGA